CUCCCACAAUGAACCAACAGUCCCAGCGCAAUGGAACUCAUUGCCUACGCCUCGGGAGAGCGUGUAGCGGCAUUCACUAAAGGCAUAUUCCCGUCGAUGCCUAAGAGGCGAACCACUAUUUUCGAUUCCCGCCCCGCUCUGGCCCUACAUACUAAUAAACGCAGACUAAAAAGAAUUGCCUUGUCUGUCUCGAUUUCCCGACUAGAGUUCGAGCCCAUAGCGUCACCCCACCAUGUGAUUGCAAUGUCAAUUUGCUGCUAUCUGCAGCUCGCAACACCCAGCAUUCUCCCCAAACGACCGACCAAAACUCCCCCUCUUCCGGAAUAAGGCAAAUUGGUUGGAUAAAAACCUGCUUCUUUCUACGCCGUGCG